AAUCGCCAGCGCCGUAGUUGGACGAUGCGAGGUGUUUCACAGUUGAAGCCGAAGCUAUGGUCAACGAAGCUCUGUGGUGCAGCAAAAGUUAAUAACUUUAUAUUAAAUAGUCUGUUCGGGAUAGAAAGAGGGAUAGCCAAGGAGGAUGAUGCGUUGUUUCAUUAAGAAACAAGUGCAAAGAUACACAUGACCGUGACAGGAUGAAGUAAACAACAACACGAAGUGAAGGGAUGUUCGCACAGCUGUGAUAUUGUAAUAAUAGCGACAAAAAGGUAAAUUUGAAAUUUCUAAAAAAAAAGUGAAAUCCAUGGUGUGCGUCUAGUUGCGAGAUGUGCGUGCUUACAAAGGAUACUUGUUAACACGUUGGCGUGUAUCUGAUGACAAUGUUGUAGUGCAAGUUAAAAAAAUUGUGUAAACUGGUGAAAAAACAAUCUUUGCAAUAAUGGCUGGCAAUCCAAGAGACAUGGAUGCCUUCAUGCCACUCCUGUCUACCACGGAUAUUAAAAAGAAGUUGAAUGUCGGUAAUUUGCUGAUCACGUAUCUCGGCGACGAUGAUAAAAGCAUCGAGUGCCAGGACAUUGGACUCUUCAUAGACAAUCUCGUGCCUUGGCUUCACAACGGAAAUCCAAAGGUUUGUCAAAAUGGUUUGGACGCUCUCACUUAUCUUGCCGAUCGUAUGGGCCCGGAUUUUAAGCCUUAUAUAUCAACAAUCAUGCAGCCUACAAUCGACAGAUUGGGAGACAGCAAAGACACAACGAGAGAAAAAGCAUCGCUUCUUCUCCUCAAGCUCACAAAUCGAGGCUGUUUAACGGCUCAACAACUUUUAGAUAAACUCCAUCCAACAUUCACUCACAAAAAUGCCAAAUUGAGAGAAGAAGGUCUGGUUCUCCUGACAACGUUGUUAGACGAAUAUGGCGCUGACGAAAUGGCACUAUCCGGAGUUAUUUCAAACAUAGUCAAACUUCUGUCCGAUCCGACUGAAAAAGUUCGGGAAACUGCGCUCAACACUGUGGCACAUGUUUACAGACACGUUGGCGAAAGAUUGCGGCAUGAUCUACAAAAGAAGCACAACGUGCCACAGGCAAAAUGGCUGUUACUAAUCGAGAAGUUUGAUCAAAUAAAAGCUGCGGGAGAUUUAUUACCAUCAGCGAUGUCGUCAAAGGCAAUGAAAGACGAAGAUGAAACAGACCGAGCGAUCAAAUCCGCUCCUGUGAAAAGAUCAACAAGCGCCGUGCAAAAGCGAGGACAGUUUGGACCCGCCAAAUCCGUGCAAUCAACUCCAGCUCCGCCUGGUAGUACAACGUCUACGACGAAAAGGGCACCUCUAAAAUACAGUUCAUCCGCAAAAUCAGCGGCAGGCCAAGCUGGCGCUAUCGACGAAGAAUCUUUCCUCAACGCGUUUGAGGAUGUACCGGCAGUGAAGUUAUUCUCCGCAAAAGAUUUGGAGGAACAAAUGAAGAGCAUUAAGGAUGUAGUAGGUGACGAUAAAAAAGAUUGGAAGCAGAGAAACGAGAGCAUGAAGAAACUGCGUGGUAUAUUGAUAGCCGGUGGGGCUAAUUUCGACAAUUUCACAGAGUGCCUGAAGAACGUCCAAAGAUCGUUUGAAGCAGCAUGCAUGGAUCUGAGAUCGCAGGUUGUCAAGGAAGCGGCUAUAACAGUUGCCUUCCUGAGCUAUCAACUCAAAAAUAAAUUUGCCAGUUUUGGAGAAUGUGUAUUGCCAACGCUUAUCAAUCUCAUACCCAACAGCGCCAAGGUCAUGGCGACUUCCGGCGCUGUUGCUGUACGAUUCAUUUUGCAGCACACCCACAGUCCCAGAUACAUACCGAUAAUUACGGCCAGUAUGAACAGCAAAAGCAAAGAUAUCAGAAGGGCGUCUUGCGAGUUUCUUCACCUGAUACUUCAGUGUUGGGCUACGAAUGUGCUUCAGAGACAUGUAGCCGCUUUACAAGAAGCCGUUAAAAAAGGCAUCGCUGAUUCAGACGCCGAUGCCAGAGCAGCGGCGAGAAAGUCUUACUGGGCAUUCCAAGAACAUUUUCCGGAACAGGCUGAGGUUUUGCUCAAGAGCUUGGAUGCCAGUUAUAAAAGAUCGCUCAUGUCUCUGAGUAACAGUGGCAGUAUCAACAGUCUAGUUGGCAGAUCUACCAGCAUCAGUCCAAGGGUUCCUAGACCGACACUCAGCGCUGCAGGUAGUACAGAAAACUUACAUCAUGGUCAGGCAGGAUUGCAUGGCCCUCUGAGAAGGACUCCGUCUUUGCCUAGAUCGUAUCGUCAGUCUGGAAUUCCUAUUCUACAAAGACCUACUGAUAAUCAUUGCCGCAUAACACCUGACGCCAGAUCGACAAGUGCGAUAGAUCUACAAGCAGCUCAACGAGCCAAGGCGAGAAUGGUUUACGCAAACAUGUAUCGUCAUAAAGCAACGCUACAUAAUGAUAUUAGUAAUCAGCGAGGAAAAUCAGCUCGACCAGCCAAAUCUCCGGAUCCGCAAAGUGCUGUCGCCAGUCCGGAAAGAAUGGCGAGAACUAGAACAAGGGUUGCAGGAGUGUCGCAAUCUCAACCCAACAGCAGAUCUGGCUCACCAUCUUCGAGAUUGAGCUACGCAACGUACAACAGGGAAGGGGGAGAAUCUCUUAUGGCAAGACCGAGAAGAUUGUCCGGACAGGGAAUAAGAAGUACCGGAAACAGCAGAGAACCGAGUCCGCAGCGUUUUGGAAUGGAAAGAAGUUUCGGAAGUAAAUUACGAGAUCGAAAUCUUCACAUGUCUCCCACCGACAGGCCUCCGACUAGGCCGGUUAUGGCGCAAAAAAUGCUCCAACAAUCGCGAGAGGCGGAAUCAGCUCUUGCCGAUGCUCUAACAUUUGACAGUAUUGAUAGUUACACCAGAACUCCAAGAGGCAAAGGGGAUCACAGCGACGACAGCGAAACCAACAGCAUUUGCUCGGAGCGCAGCAUGGACAGUUUUCGGCGGCCGAGCGAAUCGUUUUCAUGGAGCGGAUCACAACAAAGAUUGUAUCGUGAUUUGUGGGAUCAAUCUAUCCCUAAGGAUAUUAAAGAAAUCAUUGAAAAUUGUGGUCGCAAGCAUUGGGGCGAUCGUAAAGAAGGCCUGCUUGGUCUUCAGCAUUUUUUAGCAAAUGGAAAUACGUUGACGGCGACGGAAUUGCGAAAAAUAACGGAUAUCUUUGCGAAAAUGUUCAUGGACUCCUAUACUAAAGUGUUGAGUUUAUUCCUGGAUACGUUGAACGAUCUGAUCGAGAGUCACAGCGAAGAUUUAGGCGAUUGGUUAUACGUGUUGUGCGCCCGGCUUUUGAAUAAACUUGGAACGGAUUUGCUUGGCUCGAUACAAACUAAAAUUCACAAAACCUUGGACGUUGUAAAAGAACAAUUCCCAGGAGAACAACUCUUGCCUACAGUAUUACGCUUCUUGACCGACCCUACGCAGACACCAAAUUCUCGGGUCAAAGUAGCCACUCUCACUUUCAUAUCGCAGAUCGCCGACACGGCCGUACCGUCGGCUUUGAAUAGUUCCGCAGCCUCGGCUCUAGCGAGAUUGUUGGAUUGGACAAACGACAUGAAAAGUCAGGAUGUCAGGAGGCACGCUCAAAACGCAGUUAUAGCACUUUACAAUUUGAAUACACCUCAAGUGACAAUGAUACUCUCUGAUUUACCAAAACCUUACCAAGAAGCAGCAUUGACCCUGGUCCAAAAUCACCUGAGAAGAUCAUCCGGAUCUAGUAAUCCAGUUUCUCCCGGCACUCCGCCUUCAAGAAUGCCUCAUUCCCCAGCUCGAACAAGAGUUGAGACUGAUAUCGAUAUGGAUGACGACCAUUUAAACCCCGAAGAGGUUUACAAAUCGUUGAGGCGGACAACGGCAGAAAUUCAAAAUUACGGUUUUGAGCGUCUUGAGAAAGCGACGACCAGCAAAGAUAGUGGUAUCAGUAACAUGGCAGACGUGGAAGAGAAAAUGGAAGGGCUGGCAUUGUCGAAUUCAGGACGCUCGUCGUCCGUUUCUUCUCCUACGCAGCGAGGCAGGCCCGUCACGAACGUGGCAUUGAACGGCUCGAGUGAUACAAUCACCGGUGAUGCAGUGCUGCCGCAGGAAAACAACGGAUACAAGACACACGAACACCAAAAAAACACGGUGUCUUCACCAGAUUCAACGAGCAGAGGGCCUGAAGUGUUGGACAACCUCAUGAAGGUACUUCAGGAAAACGUUGGUCACGAAGCAGAGAAAAUCGCAUCUCUACAAGAGUUUCAGACGUACGUUAGAGACGGUGAUGUGCCAUACCUAAAAGAUAACUUCAGGAAACUACUGAGGUCACUGCUGGAAAAUCUUGGCAGUCCUCAUAAACAGGUACAAAUAGAAGUACUUCAGGUUCUUACAGAGCUACUCAAGUGCCCUGAACUGACAGAGUCGUUUUCAAAAUUCAUCGAACUGAUCGUUCUCAAGGUUUUGCAAGCUCACAAAUUCGACGACCCCAAUUCUGAAGCUUCCUCCGGCAGCAGUCGAGCCCUGGUAAAGCAAUUAGAGGUACUCAGAAUUGCGGAGAAGUGCGCGGCGACAAUUGUAACCGUACUGCCGCCGGAUCAGAUAAUAAAACUGAUUCAAAUGAUAAUAUCGACUGAACCGUAUCCUAAGAAUAUGGCUGGCAUUAAAAUGCUUCACAAGAUAGUCGAGCACUGGGGCGCAGACGCCAUAAUGCCUCAUUUAUCGAAAAUCAUGCCUGGCCUGAUAAAGCAGGCUUACGACGACAGGGAAAGUACCGUGCGCAAAAGCGCGGUCUUUUGCAUGGUCGCAAUUCAUGCCGCGGUAGGCGAAGAAGUCCUGAUGCCUCAUCUCGCCUCGCUAUAUGGAAGUAAAUUGAAGCUGUUGAACAUAUACAUACAACGCGCGCAACAGGCUAAUAGUCAGCCGGCAAGCCCACGUAACAACAAUAAAAAUUAACCGAUAAUCAAUCAAACAACUCUCAGAGUGGCAAUACUCAAACGAUUCGCUCGAUUCGGCGCUAAACAUGAGCAAAUGUUGUUCGUCAAUUAUCUCAGUAAAUCAAAUCCCUGAAUGGAACUUUCAUGUUAUGAAAUUCUUAUACAAGAAGAAACAUCGUCGCUAGUGCGGUGAAUCAAAAAAAUAGGGAUACCGGGAAAACGACCGAUAUCAAACUGUCGAUACACAAUUUUCGAGUGACUUAUUUAUAAUUAAAAAUAACAUUUUCAUAAUUUUGAAUUUACAGUAUUGUAUUUGUUACUUUUGUGGACUAUUAUUGUUAUUAUUAUUAUUAUUACUGUCAUAGCAUAUUCGUAUCGUCAAAAGGUAUUUCGUGAUAUUAUAUUCUACACAUUGUCAUCCGCAUGAACCACGGGAUUGAAAUAUCUUGGAGAACAACAAAAGGAAGGAAAGAACUAAGCGUAUAUAUGCAUAUAUGGAAAAUGUAAACAAAGGGAAAUUCGUGCCUACGAUGAUACGUAUAUUCAUUCGAUUCCGCGUGGUUAAAGUUUCUCUAAACUCACAACGUUUAAAUUAAAAUUCCUUUUUCUACCCCUUGUGUGUUUUAAUAUGAACAUAAAAUGCUGAACAUUCGAAGAGGCCCUAGGGACUACUUAUACUCACAUUUGUACUUCUCCUUAUCGGAGGAUUGCACGCAAAUUUUUCUCUAAAGAACAAAAAAAAACUAAAACGGGAAUUAGUUUUUUUUUUCAGACAGACACUCGUAAAGGCACUCGUUAUUUAUACUUCGUACAUAGUUGUGAUUGGUUUCAAUGGGGAUACCUACAAGUAUACGUAACAUCUGUCAAUGCAUACCUGCUGAACCGAUCCCCCCCCUGUCCGGAAAUUGAAAUAGGUUUUUUUUGUCGUCUAGCGUGACGUUGCAUCAUUGACUAUAAUAAUGCCAUGAUUUUGAUUUAUGAAUAUCUAUUAUUUUUCUUUUUUGUUGAUUUUCAAAUGUGUUGUCUUGUAUUCCUGAAAGAAUCCUCUGAGUUGAUGAUGAAGAAAAUCAUACUCCGUUGUGAUCAUAUUUUACAAAUUAUGAACAGUUUAUUUGUAAAUAAUUUAAUUUGCUUUCAUUUCUAUUUUUAUGUUGACGUAACGUUGUAGAAUUACAGUUCAUGGUUCAACAUACCAGUUACUAUUAGAAGUAGUUAGAUUGUUUUUAGGCGGCUUGUGUGUGUGGGCAUUAUUUGAUUGACAUUGGAAAAUUGAUGCAUAAUAAUAAUAAUUUUUUUAUUUUCAACAAUUUUUAUUAAUAUUUAUUUAAAAUUGAUGGAAACAUAAAAGGGAAAAAAACUACAACACUAAAACAAAAAAUCAUUUGGAGAAAGUACGUGCAAUAUGUUGAUUUAAAAAAAGGAGGCACCAUAAAGAAUAGUUUUGGUAAUCUCGAUUAAGAAGACAUAAACUAAAAUGGAACAAAAUCGAGGUAAACAAUAUCCAAACUGAUUCUUAUCAAACUGAGUUUUGUUACACGUGUAUUGGGUUGUCUGUGUUUUGUAGUAAUAUUGGGCUUGGAUAAGAUUGCAAGAUUGUGAUUUUGGUGGAGAACAUUAUUUGACGUGACGCGAGUAGAAAGGAAAAAAAUAUGGAUAUUAUCCGUCAAAUGUGCUAGUCAGAGAUUCUUAAGGGAUGCAUAAAAUAAUGCAAAAAACACUAAAUGUUAGAGGCGUAUACAUUGUAUAGUCGGAAAUACGUAUGUAAACUUAGAUAAGCGAGAGAGUGAUAAAAAAUGAAAUUCGUUUUACGAAGAUAGUAAGUAAUUAAUUAACAAAUCAACGAGUUGCCAAUAUUGAAAAAAAAGAACGCAAAAUCAAACAUAAACGUAACAUUAUACACAUGCUCUACACAUACGUUUAAUUAUUUCCUGUGCCAUUAACUACUUUGUUUUUCUGUACAUUUUUUCCCCAUCUUUAGUAUUGUGUAGCAUCAUUUUUCCAUUUUUUUAUUGUUAUUACAAUAGAACCUCGGUUAUGCGAAUUAAUUGGAAUCGAGUGUAUUUCUGAUAACCGAAAAUCAAUUUUUAUUUUGAGGGAUAAUAUAUACAACACAAAUUUAAAUUGACUAACAGUCUAUAUUAAACAUCUAAAUACGUAUUGAGCCUCUUUCAAACACCGAAUGCUUAUUCUAUCACUUUGGUUUUAUAUAGUGGUCCAUGAUCAAUUGACGAACAGCUGCUACACAUUUUUUGGCAAGCAACAAUGUAUGUUUGGCACCAAAAAUGUAUUUUUUCAGCCAACGUUCGGAUAAUUGAGAGUUCGGAUGAAUGAAGUCAUAGUUCGGAUAAUCGAGGUUUCACUGUAAUUGAUAGAUAGCGGUAUACCAUGUAAUUAUAUUAAUAAUAGUAGUAACAAUGUAAUGACAUUCGUUUAAUAUACCUUAUAUGUAAUCUAACUCAAAGUUUAAAACUUUUUAAAAUCGGCCGCGAAGUGCCAAAGAAACAAUAUUGUGUAACAUGAAAAGGGCGACACUUUUAAGUUUGGUGAAGAAAAAACGGUGACGGACAGAGAAACAAUUGAAAUGACUACUCCAAAGUGUUUGUGUGACAUUAGAUUGUAACGUUUAAGCAGUCAUAAUAUUAUUUAGAAUUUACAUAAGCCUUUGACGUAUUUAAGUUAAAUCGAUUGAUGAUCGAUGUAAAUACACAGUUACAAAUUUGUAAUUUAUAAAACUUCCUUCACGUACUGAGAGUUGUCGCAAAACUUGCCAAGACGACACGGCUGAACAUAAAUGCGACGUAACGUCUACGAAAGCUUUAGUGAAGGAGGGGAUCAAUAGUAAAUGUAGUUGGAGAUUCGUUUUUGUUCUUAUUUCCUUUGGUUAUUAUCAGUAAUGAAAGAAACAACAAAUUUCAUAGAUAUUUUGAGUGUUACUAAUUUCUUUGUACACGUUGCACGAUGAAACCAUAGUGAAAAAUUUCCUCAAUAUUAUAUCUCAUAUCGGUAUAUUCGACUGAAAUUAUAGAUUAGAUUAGAAGUUUGAGAAGAAAAAAAAAACAUUAUUUAAUUUUUAAUAUUUUUCUUUCUUUUUCCUUUUGUAUACAUCUAACCUUAACAGUGGCAUUUCCAUGAAGUAUUUCUUCAUCUCAUAUUUAUAACAUAGAAAUAGAGAUAUAACGACAAA